CAACAUCGGUUGCCAGUGGAGAUGUACCGUAAAACCUUUAUUUAUUACAUCAAAAUUUGUCAAAAGUUUCAAAAUGAUAUUGUGAAGAUACGUAAAUUAUCAAAGAAAAUAUGAUACUUCUUUGGAGAACCUUUCAGAGGGGUUAUAUAAAAACUCAAAAAUUCAAUAGAUUUAUUUCGAUGUGUCAUGUAUCACAUUGUAGUAAUGCUGAAAGAAAAUGUACAGAUGUGAUACUAGUGCCUGUUACAACGGCACCAUCCCUCAACCAGAAUUGUAACGAUAAUUUACUUAAAGAUCUCCCCCAACAUGUAGUUGGAAAGGACAUGAAAGGAAAUGUGUGGUGCCCUAGUCCCAAUACCGAGUUGAAACAUAUGACGAGCUACAUGAAGAAGUUAUCGAAAUUCCGUUUGACAUCUCUUGUGGUAAUAACAACAAUGAGUGGAUUUGCAAUGGCGCCGGCACCUUUUGAGUUGUACACAUUUCUCUCAUGUGCUUUGGGUACGGGUUUAGUUUCUGCUGCUGCUAAUGCCAUAAACCAAUAUCAUGAAGUACCAUUUGACUCACAAAUGUCUAGAACUAAAAAUCGGGUUUUAGUCACGGGGCAAUUAACACCGCUCCAUUCAAUUGAAUUUGCGAUUUUAUCAGCUACGGCAGGGCUGAGUUUGUUAUAUUUUGGAGCGAAUGGGCUAACUGCCGCUUUAGGUGCUACAAAUCUGUUUUUGUACACGUCUGUGUAUACACCUUUAAAAAGAAUAAGUAUUUUAAAUACAUGGAUUGGAUCGCUUGUGGGUGCCAUUCCUCCGCUUAUGGGAUGGGCUGGUUGUACUGGGAACCUGGAUGUAUCGGCAUUUGUACUAGCAGGAGUUCUCUUUGCAUGGCAAUUUCCUCACUUUAAUGCAUUAUCGUGGAAUUUACGACCUGAUUAUUCACGCGCUGGAUAUCGAAUGAUGUCGGUGACGAAUCCUGAGCUAUGUCGAAAAACGGCUUUAAAGUAUACUGCAGUAAUUACAUUAUUAUCUGCAUCUGCUCCUGUUUUAAAUCUAACCUCAACUUGGUUUGCUUUGGAAUCAUUUCCGUUGAACGCAUACUUUUGCUAUUUGGCUUACAAAUUUUAUAAAAAAUCGGAUAGUAACACUUCACGGACGUUAUUUCGCUUUUCACUUAUCCAUUUGCCAUUAUUGAUGCUAUUAUUCUUAUUCAAUAAAAAACAGUGGUUUAUUUCGGAAAAUAAGAGCACGGUACCUGAGGUGCAUAUAAAUGAAUUUGCGUGUGUAAAUUCUUUAAAUGGACAAUCGGCGAAAUCCAAACUUGUUAUGUAAAACCAAAAGUAAUAAUCUAUAAUUAUUGUAAUAAACAAUAAGUAUGUUAUUUUAAUAAA